UGAUAACUAUAACGUGAGGUAUAAUAGAGAUAUGAAAGAGAGACUAAUUUUACAAGAUAAUAAUGAUAAAGAGAGACGUGUCAAUGACAAUCGAGAAAGUAUUAACUUUGAAGAAACAAACAGACGUGUGAAUAUAUUUGAUUCUAGGAAUAACAACGAUCCAAGAAAGUUUCAGAGAAAUUGGCUACGUGUUCGGCGCAGUUUUAUUGGACGAUCUUUAGAAAGCGAUAAUGAAAGAAGUACUCGAGAUAAUUUAUCGAUGGCACAUUCUCAGGGAAGAGACCAGAUAAGGGGAUCUCGAAAAAUACGACGAAACAUUGACAUGUCAUCGGACAACAUUUUGAGACGUAAUCGCUUAACGUAUAGCUUAGUUUCCAAAUUAAGUGGGACAGAUGAAACUAGACGAAAAUUAGCUUAUUCGCGAUUCCUUAACGAAAAUGUUAUAUUUGGAAGACGACAGCCAGCUAAUCGACGUGAUCAAAAUUAUGAUAAAAUUCUUGACAUCGGUAAUGUACGACGCAGCUUAGGAAAACAGCGUCGUCUACGGGAAGACGAAAAUAGGAUGACCACUAGAAAGAAUAUACAUGUUAUAACAUCACGGCGAAGUAUACUAAUUGAUGGAACAAGUACUGAAAAUGUUAAUUAUGAAAGAUCACGCAGUGUAAGAAAUAGAGAACGUUCAAUAAAUAAUCGCCUAUUAACUCGAAAAGUCGACGACGAAAGGAGAAAAACUAAACAAAGUCAGGAAGAUAGAUCUUUCAAUACGCGACGAUUAGACACGAUAAACGAAAAUCGGUAUUCUGUGACAGACUUUUACGGCAGCGAAUCAUCUAGGACCCAUAAGACUCAUUAUGGAAGUAAUGUCUUCGAAAUCAAAUUGCAAUACCUAUUUUACGCGCUGCAGUUUGCAUACUUACUUAGUGUUCUUAUGCAGAUUCCCAAAAUCAAUGAAAAAAACAAACAAAGGAAUAGGAUUUUGGCGUGGUUGACACCUGCAGAAUAUAUCAAAAUUGAUUGAAAUAAUUUUAUCCCAACGUUUGCCGAUCGAUCUUUAGGAAAAAUGUACACAAAUAUUAUUCAAAUGUUUAUUAGCAACUUAUAUUUAGCUAAAAUAAAAAUAACUAUUUACUAAAAA